AUGAUGUUUCGAUUUGAUUUCAGGUAUCAAGCAGCCGAUGUACCAGACCUCUGUUCCCGCCGAGAAGCCGUCGCAGAGAUGGAGGUAGAGGGAGCCCUCGUCGAGCUCGAACCGCCACGACACGAUGACAGCCUGUUCGGGUUGGGUUUUGCUCAGAUGGGGAGGUGGUUCGCCACUCCGACACGGCGCUCCGGCGGGGUGGCGCGUUCGCCGGGGAAGGCACGCAUCUAA